AUGUCAAAUACAUCGAAUGUCGCAAGUCGAGUUCUUGCUCGUCGACAACAACUUCGUCAACAAGAAACAGCUCGUGAAUCAACAGGCUACGGAAAUUCAACCGCUAUUUCCUCACCUCAAUACUAUCUGCUAUUCUUCAGUGAUAAUGAAGAACGUCUCAUUCUUCCAGAAAACAACAUUAAAAAAUUUAUCGAUGAUAAAGCAAUAGUUAUGAUAGACCGCAAGAGGAAAAUUGCAACUAUUGAAGCUCAAGGUUCAUUAUCAUUGUGUCAGGCAAUGCGCCACUCAACACUUGCCGAGCUCCAACAAGUAUCAAAUAUCAUCAAUAAAGAUAUUGACAAUUUUGAUGCUGAUGAAAGUGAUGACAGUGGUAACGAGCAACAAUUUGAUGAAAAUGAUGAAAAAGACACCGAUAGUUAUAUUCAUUCGCAAGUCUUAAAGCAACAACCUACACCGACACGACGUACACUUAAGGACAUCAAUGAUCCAUCAACUGACAUUGGUAUAUUUGCAUAUAAUUAG